AUGGAAUUUCGAGCUUUUUAUCAAAGAUCAUAAUUUUAAACCUCUGCUACAGGAUCAGCCUAUUUGGAAGUUCUUUCUGCUGAGAGAUCUACUAAGAUAUCAUGCACUAUUCAUGGACCUAUGCAAAAGUAAUAAGAUAUUACCUAAUCACUCUCAUCUGAAUAAUGCACAAUUAAAGUUAAUUUAGAAUUUGCAGACUCCCUUAUUUCUGACUCUCUAAUUUUAGCAUAAAAUCCAGAUGUUGAAGAGCAAUUACAUCAGCAAAUGACUUAAAUGGCAACCAAAGGUGCUGCUGAAAGUAUUAAAGAAAGAAGAAUGAAGUUUAUUAUAGGGAACCUUAAACUUGAAAUGCAAAAAAUUCUAACAUCAUGUAUUUUACUUGAGAAAUACCCAGCAACUACUUUAGUAUUUAACUAUGAUAUUGUUGAGCUUGAUUCUGAUAUUUUGUAAUCAAUGAUUAAUUGCGCUGCAAUAGCUUUGUUUAAUUCUGAGAUUGAGUGCAGAUGUCUACCUAUUGGUCUUUGUAUAAUGGUAUCAAGUGGGGUCCAAAGAAAAAAUAAGAAAGAGAUUUCACAAUGGCUAUAUAUUGACCCAAAUAAUUCUCUCAUCUAAGACUAAUAGCAAUACUCGCAUAAGGCAAUUUUUGUAAUGAAUGUGAAUACCAAUGAAUUUAUUUCUACAAGUUUGAAAGGGUUGGUAUAGAUGAACAAAAUGAUGUAGGCAUAGGCUUCUUAUAUAAUAAAUGAACUUGAAAAGCCUCAGUCUAAAUUUGAAGAUGACAUGCUAUCCAAUAGGAGACUAUUUGUAAUGAAAUCAUCAUUAAAAAGGAAAAUUAACAAGUACUUUGAUGGCAGUAAUAAAAAUGAAAAAAGGUCUAAAUACGUAAAAUACAAUCCUAUACCUCUAGUUCAAUCUGGUAAUAAUUCACCUAGUGCAGGCAAUAAUAAAACUACUAUGAAUACUCCCACUGUAGUAAUUAAUGCAGUACCCUCACGCAGUGUCUCGUAUCAAUUACAAGAAGAGAAAGUUAAAAGAAUUGAAAAUCAGGUGAAAUUCUAAUAGGACUCAAGUGAGGAUGAUGAAAUAAUCUACAAUCCAAAAAAGAUGUUAGAUAAUCCAAAUGAACGGUUCUAUAUGUCCUUUAAUCGAAAUAAAAGGAAAAAUAUGACUAUACAGUGGAAUAGACUUUCAGAUAUUAUUUGUUCAAAGAGAUGCAAGGAAUACAAUAAGUUUCUUAAUAAAAUAAAAUUUAUGCAAAAAGUUCUAACACCUAAAGAAAUAGAGUCUAGAAAAAAGACUUUGUGA